GGAACAGAAAGGAAGUUGUGUAUCUACGAAAGGGUUGUUGUUGUUGUAUUGGGCUGCCUGUGAGCUGGCAGAGUAGGGGUAGUUUGGGGUGAUUUUGUAGCUGGUGUCUGGGGCGCUGCCUGGAAUCCACCGGCAACAAUGGGGAAGUCCUUCGCCAACUUCAUGUGCAAAAAGGAUUUUCAUCCUGCGUCCAAGUCCAAUAUAAAAAAGGUAUGGAUGGCAGAACAAAAGAUUUCUUAUGAAAAGAAAAAACAAGAUGAUUUAAUGCAACAAUAUGUGAAAGAGCAAGAUUCCUACAACAACAGAGUGCUUCUAGGGGAUGAACGAGUGAAGAAUGGGCUUAAUUUCAUGUAUGAAGCACCACCAGGAGCUGAAAAGGAAAUAAAAGAGCAAGAGGGAGAAACAACAGAGUACAAAUUUGAGUGGCAGAAAACAGCACCUAGAGAAAAGUAUGCUAAGGAUGACAUGAAUAUCAGAGAUCAGCCUUUUGGCAUUCAGGUUCGAAAUGUGCGGUGUAUAAAAUGUCACAAAUGGGGACAUGUCAACACCGAUCGAGAAUGCCCUUUGUUUGGUCUCUCUGGUAUCAAUGCCAGCUCAGUCACCACUGAUGGAUCAGGGCCAUCAAUGCACCCCUCGGAGUUAAUGGCGGAGAUGAGAAGCAGUGGGUUUGCGCUGAAACAAAAUGUGCUGGGGAGAAACUUGACCGUAAAUGAUCCAUCACAGGUCUAUGUUGUAAGUGAUGCAGAGGAGGAAGAUGAUCCGGAAGUUGAAUUUCUAAAAUCUCUCACAACUAAGCAAAAACAGAAGCUUCUGAGAAAGCUAGAUCGUCUGGAAAAGAAGAAAAAGAAGAAAGAAAAGAAACAGAAAAGAUCCCAGAAAAAGAAAAGCAAGAGUAAGCAUAAGAAGCACAAAAGCAGCAGCUCCUCCAGUGACACAUCUAGUAGUAGUGACAGUGAGUCCGAGAGUGAGGCUGAACGCAGACACAAGAAGAAGGAGAGCAGAAAAGAGAAACAUGCUAAGGAAUCCAACCAAAGCAGCAAUGACUCUGAUGAAAAACACAAGACAAGAAAACCCAACUCUUCAGAGCAAAUGAUGAGUGAACGGAGAAAAAGUAAGAAAGAUCUAGUGAAUCCUGACUGUAACUCCAACAGAAGUAUCCAGAAGGCAUCACAGGAAGAAAGGAGAGUUCAUCACACUAGUGAAACUGAUGGCAGUGUCAAACAGACUGAGAAGUCCCAGAAAAGCCACAGGAAUUAUAGAGCUAGAUCCAGCAGUAUCUCCAGCAAUGAACAACCAAGAAACAAUGGGCAACGAAGUAAGAGUAGAAGCAGGAGUAGGAGCAGAAAUAACUAUGAGAAAAAGGAAUAUAAUGGUAAAAAAGGCAAAGAUAAAGCAAGAAGCAAGGAAAGGAGGAGCAGGAGCGUAGACCGGAGCCCGGAAAGGGAUAGGGGCCAGGACAGGGCCAGGAUCUGGGAAAGGGAUAGGGGCCAGGAAAGGAGCCGGGAAAGGGAUAGGGGCCAGGACAGGGACAUCAGCCGGGAAUGGGAUAGAAGGGACCGGGAAAGAGAUAGAAGCCGGGAAAGGGGCCAGGACAGGGACAGGAGCCGGGAAAGGGAUAGGAGGGGCCAGGACAGGAGCCGGGAUAGGGACCAGGACAGGGACAGGAGCCAUCGAGACCGAGAUCAUAAAAGGAAAUAGUAUUUUAUAAAGGACUCACUUCAGUUGCCUGCUAGAAAUCCUUGUACGAUAUUCAUAUUCCUUAUGUAACUUGGGAUUUUAGCAUUGUAUAUGCUUCUUUUUGGAAUUAAAGUAUAUCUCCUUGC